AGAACGCUGACAGCGAUUGUAACACAGCUGUUGUUCUCAUGCUGCGCCGAGCGACAAACCGUGUGUUGCGUGAAAAUCACUGAACCGUGAAAGUAAUACCGUUGCUGCAGUGACAAUUCCCUACCCCGGCGGACAAACAAUUGCAACAUACCCGCUACACGGACGCAGUAAAUCAGCAGCAUUAGCAAGCCAAUAGGCAGCUGAAAUAAGUGGAAAGCAGGCGCACUGUAGAAGAGGAGCACAUCAGGAAUCAUAACUGUAUGUGUGUGCAUACCUUGUUUAUGCAAAUACGAUUCAGCAGUGUAGAAGUGUGAAAUGAAGUCAACAUCCAGUGCCAUUUGGUGGAUAAAGAGUCCAAAGAAAACAUCGAAAUGGGCUAUAAAAAAGCGAAAGCAAUCAGUUGGUGCCACAUUCAGCAACGACAUGACGGAUCUAUUUCGCAACAUAUCGAUGCAUGCGUAUGGAAAAUUGGUGGACAACGCAUUGAAUGUGUGGGAAAAAUUAAUAUGGUUGGCUGUACAUAUAACAACAAUGUUUACGCUAUUUACGAUUCUGUCACUGAUUUGGGAACAAUUUGUCGCUCAGUACAUUGUCAUCAACCUAUCCAAUCCACUGUAUCCUAUUGAAUCCGUGGCAUUUCCAUCCAUUUCCAUCUGCUCGAACAAUAGAAUUUCAAGGCAGGCGGCAUUGGCGCAUGCAAAGGAGCUGUGA